UUAUUGCAUUUUAAUUUACAUGAUAAAAUCGGAGCUGAUGAUGUUGAGACAGCGUUAGUUUCCUAUUUGAAACGGAAGUUCUUCAGCUCACCUCAUAAAAUAAUAUACCAAUGGUCAGAUAUAAUUUCAUCAGACAUACUAAAGUCAUCUCAUCUCUUUGGCACAUGUUUUUUUUAUUUUUAUUAUUAUUAUUUUGUAUGCGAGUUUAAAAAGAAAGAAUUCAAAAAUGAAACUGUCGAGCUGGUUUGACACGCACACUUCAUUAAUGACAUUCGGUCCAACAACUGCAUUCACGAGAGAGAAUAACAUACAUGAUUACAAUUCUUGAACAAAAAAAAAGAAUGAAAUACUGUUAAUUUACAGGCUAAAACUACGUUAAUAAUAUGCUUGUGUCGAGAUGCACGUGGACGUGGGGAAUCCCAGGUGUGUGACGUCAUGUGGGGUCUGCGUGGAUGUCAUGACGUAUCACGACACGAUCAGACCCCUUUAUGACAUGAUGGAUAGAUAGAUAGAUAGAUAGAUGACAAAUUCCUUGUGUAAGCAUACUCUACAUAUGAACUACUUUAAUGGUGUUUUUAUGGUUUUUUUAUGCCAUUUCUGGGGCUUGACAGUAAGGAUGACUAACACACAGUAUCGGCUGGUCAGACCGAUAUCAGAUCCUAAAAGCUUCAGUAUCGGAGCCGAUAACGAUCCAGUUAUGAGGAGUGCAAGGCCACAGCUGAUUGGCUGUUAGCUCAGGUUCCAGUGCGCCCUCUGGUGGGCAUCGUGUGUGGUUCAGGUCUCGGUGGUCUGGCGGAUAUGCUGAAAGAUCCGCUGGUCAUCAACUACAAAGAUAUACCCGACUUCCCUCAAAGCACUGUGCACGGUCAUGCUGGGAAGUUGGUGUUUGGCACUCUUAAAGGGAAAGCAUGUGUUUGCAUGAAGGGACGGUUUCACCUCUAUGAAGGGUACCCCGUUCAAAAGACCACCUUGCCCAUCAGAGUGUUUAAACUAUUGGGCGUGGAGACCGUAAUCCUGACGAAUGCCGCGGGCGGACUGAACCAGGACUAUGAAGUGGGUGACAUCAUGGUUAUAAAGGAUCAUAUCAACAUGCCAGGUUUGGCUGGGAACAACCCAUUAGUGGGGCCAAAUUACGACAGAUUUGGCGUGCGGUUCCCGUGCAUGUCGGACGCGUAUGACCGCGGACUGCAGCAGCUCGCGCAUGAGGUCGCAGGAGAUCUGGGUUACUCUGUGUUCAUGCGUGAGGGCGUGUACCUUGUGGUUGGGGGGCCGUCCUUCGAAACCAUCGCUGAGUGCAGGAUGCUCCGCCUCCUCGGAGCCGACGCCGUGGGUAUGAGCACCGUUCAUGAGGUGAUUGUGGCCCGUCACUGUGGAAUGAAGGUCCUCGCUCUGUCUCUGAUCACCAAUCAGGUGGUGGCGGAUUAUGACAGUGAGAAGAAAGCCAAUCAUGAGGAGGUUCUGGAGACGGGUGAACUGAGAGCCAAACAGCUGGAGAAGCUGGUGUCCAACAUUGUCUCUCGCAUUGAGCACUAGUGAACGCACCCCGUCAACAACCUCAAAUACACGUGCCAGUUAGAGGCCUUUAGUGUCACGCAUGUUAAUCCUCGACUCUUUAAGAUGCAGCCUUUUGCUUUUUAAUGUUUACAUUUCAGAGAGAAAGUGUUUUAUGGUCUAACACAACACUGAGGUAAAUGGAGAAGUGCUUCUUUAAUUAAGGUAAAAUCGUCAUUUUUAGUGUGUAUUUAUUUUCCAAAUGUGUAUUUAAUAAAAUAUGUUAAAGAUGUGGGAUAUAUUAUACUGUAGAAAAGUAAUAAAGGGAAUUGGGAUGUUGUUUUUCUCCUUUAAACAAUAAGACACAAUUUAGGACUGUACUUAAGAACACUAUAUAUAUAUAAAACCAAAUACAAUAUAUAAACUGAAGAACUGUGUUACUGAAUUUAUGUUGUACUAUUUAACAAUUCUGGGCUUAAACAAUAUUAUAUUUAUGUAUGUAAAACGGUUUAAACAUGUGUUUUUAAUUUGGUGUUUGUUUUAUUGUUGAAGUCUGAAUCACUGUUUUACUGUCACUGAAUUUGUUGCAUUAGACUAAAGCACUUCUAACACUUUCCUCUGAAACAUUUAUUUAAUUUACCUUCAUUUAGAAAUUGCACUUUUGGCUCUGAGGUACAUAGAUGUUUUCAUGACAUCCUGCUUAAAUGCAAUAAAAUGCAAUAACAUAAAAUUGUUACUCCUCCAGUUAUUCUGGUUUGACAAUACUGUACUGUGUAC